UUAGUCAUUGUUGGUUGCAGUUCAGGCGAGCAGAUAGUAAGAGCUGCUGGUUGCAGUGAACAGUGGUUCAAUGUCAGAGAAACUUUACUGACAAAUACUCGUAUCAGGACUGAAUCUGGACACACGGAAAUUCAAGAGCUAUGGGACAAAAGGCCACACUUUGCUUCUUGCUGCAGCUCAUUUUUGAGCUGUCAUCAUGCACAAAAAUCAGGGUGAUACCUGACUCUACGCUGGAGCUUCCUUGUCUCCCAGCAAAUAAUCACUUCAUCGGAGUGGAAGAAAUCACAUGGAAAUUCAAUGGUGCCAUCCUGUUUCAAAACUAUCAGCCCGUCGCUUCAGACUUUUCCCUCCGCUUUCGCUCUGUCACUAAAACCAAAGAGGGCACGUACGAGUGUCUGUUAAAGGGGAGCGAUAUGGAAAUAGUACGAAGAUUUGACGUCAUAGUUGAUGAAUUCACUGACUAUCAAAUGAAAGUAUUUACAAAGUCAGAUGUUAAACUCCCUUGCAAUAUCCCAAGUUCCAGAGAAUUCAGCGCUGCACUGUGGUUCAAAGAAAGUGCAAACGGAAGAAUAAAGUUGAAUCUUGAAGAUGACUCCGCAGAUGAUAAUAAAAAAAUAGAGCUGAUUUUUCCAAUAGACCACGAUCAGAGCAUCAUGGUCAAAAACGCUGGCAUGGAGGAUGCUGGUAUUUAUGAAUGUGAACUGGAUGAUGGAAAAAAGCUGAGCUCUAUAAACCUUACUGUGGAAGUUUUAGCUCCUCCUACAGCUCUUCCUCACACAUGCCAAGGCUCCACCUCACCAUGGGAGCCCUGCCCGGAGGAGAACAGCCGCACAGCAGAACCCAUACUGAAGGAGUCCAUGACAGAGUUUUCAAUGAAGCUGUAUUAUUAUCUCAGAGAAAUAUAUCCUUCUGGCAACAUGCUCUUCUCUCCUGUCAGCAUCGGUGGGGUGCUCUCCCAUUUGUUGUUAGGUGCAAGGAACGAUACCCGUAAGGCCAUUGAGAGCGCUAUCUGCGUGCCUCACGACUUCCACUGCAUUCACUCCCAGAUGAAGAAGCUGAGAGAGAAGCUGGCCGGCUCCCUGCUGAUGGCCUCUCAGAUCUACUAUAAUUCACACAUGAAUCUGAGUGAGUCCUUUACCGACCAGUCGAUCCAGUUUUAUGAUGCGGAGCCCACAAAGCUACUGAAUACCACUGAGGAAAACACACAAAUGAUCAACAGCUGGGUGGCAGAAAAGACCCAAAAUAAAAUCACAAAGUUGCUUGACUUUGUCCCACCAAGUUCACAGCUGAUCCUGCUCAACGCCGUCUCCUUCAGCGGUCAGUGGAAGGUCAAGUUUAAACCAAAAAAUAAAAAAGGACAUUUCACAAAAUUUAAUGGUGAUGUGGUAACGGUGCCUCUUCUCUAUCAUGACAAGUACAUGGCAACUAUGAUGUAUGAUCCUCACCUAAAGGCACAGGUGGCGAGGUUUGCCCUCACAGGAGACAGCAGUCUUUACAUCCUGCUGCCUUCCACCAACACAGAGGCAAAGCUGCAGGAGAUCGAGCAGAAGAUGACAGACAGGACUGUGGUUCAAAUGAUACAAAACAUGAAAACAGCAUCUCCUCAGCAUAUUGAGGUCACUCUGCCCAAAAUCAAACUGAAUUUCCAGCCGGAAAUGAACACGCUUAUCAAGAAACUAGGACUGUCAGUGCUUUACGAGGGUGCCGACCUGUGUGGCCUCUACCCUCAGGAGAAACUGUUCCUGGACGACGCCAAACACAGAGCCUUCCUCGCACUGACCGAACAAGGAGUGGAGGCCGGCGCUGUCACCACCUUGUCCUUCUCCCGCUCCUACCCUUCCUUCUCCGCCCUGCGGCCUUUCAUCAUGCUGCUGUGGAGUGACCACACCAAUGUGCCGCUCUUUAUUGGCAGGUUGACCGAGCCGUGAGAGGAGAACAUAACAAGGGAUGGGGGGUAAAAUGUGCAGGAAACGACAGGCAAUGUUUAACAAAGGCUGCUUUGCUGCUGUGUUUGAAGUAAUUUGAAGACUUUUUCUGAAAAUUCAGUUGUUAAGAAUCAAUAUUGCUUUAAAUAGUCUAGUUACUAAAGUGAGCAGUGACUUGUGGAUUUGGAUGAUCUUCCGAGAUGAUGAUAAAUAAACACAUAUCUACACAACACACA